UUUACUUAUGAAAGCUGGUAAAAUGGAGGCAGCAGCCAAGAUCUACAGAGAGCUUAUAGACAGGAAUCCAGAGAAUUGUGCCUACUACAGUGGUUAUGAAGAAGCUUCUAAUCCAGCUUCUCCAGAAGAAAGGUUGAAAUUGUACCAAGAUGUUCUGACAAAGCUUCCGCGUGCGUCUGCUCCUAAGAAGUUACCUCUAGGAUUCCUAACAGGAGAAGCAUUUAGAAAGAGAGCUGAUGUUUUUCUAAGAAAUGGUCUACAUAAAGGUGUACCCCCUCUGUUCACAAGCCUUCGUCCUGUUUACAAAGAUCCAGAAAAGGUCAAAAUAAUUGAAGAAUUAGUGUUAGGCUAUGAACAAUCUCUACAAGAGACUGAAUAUUUUAGUCCAGAAGACGUAGGCAAUGCAGAGCAAGAAUCGGCAUCAGUAUUACUUUGGACCCACUACUUCCUGGCACAACACUAUGAUUUCCUGAACCAAACCGAAAAGGCACUGGCCUACAUCAACAAACCCAUAGAGAGCACACCUACUUUAGUUGAGCUGUAUGUACUGAAAGGGAAAAUAUACAAGCAUGCUGGUGAUAUUCACAGUGCGGUAGAGAACCUGGACGAGGCCCAGGCCCUGGAUACGGCCGACAGGUUUGUCAACUCCAAGUGUGCCAAGUACAUGCUGAGGGCUAACAUGGUCAAGGAGGGGGAGGAGAUGUGCUCCAAGUUCACUAGGGUAAGUGAAAUUCCCAUCAGGAUAAGUAGGUAGUGUGUUUAAGAAAAUGUUUCCCAAAGGUAAUAUGAUCAAAGCUCAAUGUUCAAGUGAAAGUCCCAAUAGGAUCAGUGUGUUGUAAGUUUAAGAAAUAUUUCCCAAAGGUG